AUGACGUACAUCGGGGACUGCGUCUUCAUAAAAAACCUGUCAAAGCACAAGUUUCAAGCCUUCAUCUCCAACGAUAACGGAGGUAGCGCCGCCUGGCACACCUUGGCCGACUCCUUCAAGUCCGGCAGAUGGGGACGCUCUGGGUGGGAUGUAAUAGUCUUCAGAAAUGAGAAGGACACAUGGCGCAAGGGCGUCUACAUGUAUAUCAAGGACGUCACCGUCUACAUCACGAUCCAUGGUCCCGACGACAUUCGCAUCGAGUAUGGACGAGACAGCUGCGCUGCAAUUAGCACCGUAAUUAUGCCUCUGUUGCCAGAAUUCGACCUCGACUCUGGGGGUCCAAAUACGCGCCAUCGACGCCCAUCUUCCCAGCCCUACAUCGGCGACUGCGUCCUCAUCAGAAACGCAUCAAGCAAGCGGUUCCAGGCGUUCGUAUCGAGUCACAAUGGGGGAUCCAACAGUUGGUUCACCUUGACUAAGUCGUUCAAGGAUGGCAGGUGGAAUCGCUCGGGAUGGGAGGUCAUUGUGUGCAGGAACGCGGAGGAUACGUGGCGCAAGGGUAUGUACAUCCACGUCAAGGAUGUCACCGUGUAUGUCACAGUCAAGGGAGUUGAUCAUGUCGAGUUCGAAUAUGGGAGGGAGAGUGUCGAGACCGAACACAGACGGGACGAUGUCGAAACCGAAGACGGAGGGAACAAUGUUCAUAGGAAAAAGGUUGGGCGUCAGAUUGAGAUGGCGGAGGCGGGCCUGGCCUCGCCAGUGACUACCUUCCAGGAGAAAGACAACGAGUCAGAAACACCAUACAACGACUAUCAGCCGUCCCCUAAAGAAUUCGGGGCGCAAGAUAUCCAAGGAUUCGACGGGUGGGCCUAG